AUGAUUGAAUACCUAAACUGUUCCAAUGGCACGACUGAAGUUUGGAACAGGCAGUUGGUUCUUUCUUUGGGGGUUCCUCAGCUGACCAUCACCGUCGUCUCUGUGGCCUUCAACUCUGCUGUCAUCGUGACCGUUGUGCUUUCUAAAGAGCUCCACAAGCCCAUCUUCAUUCUGUUCUGCAACUUGGCCAUCUCCGAUCUUCUCUCCAGCUUCUCGAACUUUUGGAUCACCACCGUGUUUCUCCUCGACCCAGAAAGCACUGUCCGUGGGUGCCAAGGCCUCCUCAAGCCUUAUGCCUUCUACACCAUGUCAAUUCUGGCCACCAUCUACAAUUUAGUCAUCAUUGGGAUUGAGCGUUACUUGGCGGUGUCUGAAUGCCUGAGGAUGAGAAGCAGGGUCACCAGAAACCAGACCUUGGGUGUUGCACUGGUGGCUUGGUUGCUUGCGUUCUCCUUGGGCUUCAUGCCCCUGAUGGGGUGGAAUUGUCUAGAGAAGCCCAACGUCUCUGCUCUUUACAGCCCUCUUUGCAUUGACUACUUGAUCUUCAUCACCAUCCCCCACUGUGCAGUGGCUUUAACCUUGCCGCUCUUCACCUACAUCAACAUCAUUGGCUUCUUGAGAAAGCAUACGAUGGCCAUGGUGGCCCUGGGGCAAGCUCAAGCUACCUACAAGUUGGCUGAAAUCCAGGUAGCCCGGACCAGUGUGUUCAUCUGGCUCCUAGCUCUGCUCUCCUACACGCCCUUCUUUAUUGGAGUUCUGUUGGACUUAGCUUAUGAAGACUGCCCCGGCGAUCUCUCUCAAGGGCUCUAUGUAUUCCGGAACCUUACAACUAUGAUGAUCACUAUAAAUUCUUUGGGGAACCCCAUCAUAUAUACUCUAAAAAUGAAAAAAUUGAGGCGCAGACUCAAGUUUUUGAAAAACCCCUCCACCAAUCGUAUCCACGUGCUGGCAGUUGGACACACGUAG